AUGGCUUCUCAAACAGCUUCACUUAGUUCGUAUGAGCUGCGCAACAUGGCUGAUGCUUCCAUGAACUCACCCGUCGUCUCUCAUACGCAAGAAAAUGUUGCUGAGAAUAACGAAAUUGAAGUUCCUUCGCUUCCACCCACUGAUCAUGGAAAAGCUGCAUAUCUUGUACUUCUCGGCUGUACCGUACUUCAAGCUCCAAUUUGGGCCUACUCCCUCUCCUUCGGCGUCUUCCAAGCCUACUACACAACCCAGCACCCCCUCACCGGCUCCCCCUCCACCCUAGCAACCAUCGGCACAACCCUCAACGGCGUAAUCUACCUCUCCAUGCCACUAACCUUCACCCUCCUGACCCGCUACCCCCUUCUCCGCCGCUACUGCGCUCCCCUCGGCCUACUCCUGACCAUCAUCUCCCUCCUUCUCUCCAGCUACGCCACAAGUAUCUGGCAUCUAAUCCUCACCCAAGGCGUCCUCAACGCGCUCGGUUCCGGCCUCCUCUUCGCACCUACUUCCCUAUACCUCUCUGAAUGGUUCGUUCAUCGCAAAGGAAUGGCCUACGGAGUCAUCUGGGCCGGAAAAUCCGCUGCGGGCGUCGCUUUCCCAUUCUUAACAACCUACUUUCUGAACACCUACGGCGCUCCUAAAACACUACGCAUCUGGUGCAUAGCUUCUACCAUCUUAACGCUCCCGCUAUUAUUCGUUCUUAAACCUCGCCUACCACUACCAACUUCACGGUCACCUCGACCGUUGUCGUUUGCGUUCCUGAAGAACCCGACGUUUUGGACGCUGCAGAUUGGGAAUGUGAUUCAAUCAUUUGGGUACCUUCUUCCAUCCGCGUAUCUCCCUUCUUAUGCACAUGAUCUCGGGUUGCCGAAUCUCACGGGUGCUAUCCUUGUUGCGCUGUUCUCGUUGGCAUCGACGCCCGGUGGGAUAGUGCAUGGGAUUUUAUGUGAUCGGUCGUCGCCUACUUUGAUUAUCUUGCUUUCCUCACUUGGUUCUGCACUGGCGGUGUUUGUCUUCUGGGGUCUGGCGACGGAAAGUCCACUGCCGUUGCUUGUUGUGUUUGCUUUGGUUUAUGGAUUCUUCGCGGGAGGCUUCAGUAGUACGUAUCCGGGCGUAGAGAAGGAAUUGAAGAGUCAAGAUGAGGAACUUGAUACUGGAUUGGUUAUGGGAUGCUUGCUGGGAGGAAGAGGUGUUGGCUAUGUGGUUUCUGGUCCUGUGAGCGGAGGGCUGCUUGGUGUGUGGAAGGCGGGUGGGAGCUGGGGUGGUGGAAAUGAGUAUGGAGGAGUGGUGUUAGUUACGGGUAUUACUGCUGUACUUGGUGGGUGGGGUUGGGGUUGGAAAUACGGGAGAAAAGUGUUUUGCUGA